AUGGGUGGACCGGGGCUGGGGCUGUUUGAAACCCUCGUCUAUCUGGGGCAGACCCCCCUCUCUUCUAAUACCUGCAGCAGCAGCAGCAGCAGCAGCAGCAGCGGUGGCAGCAGCAGCAGCAGCAGCAGCAGCAGCAGGGGAGGGUGCAGCUGCUGCGGGGAGCCUGUAGUUGUACUGGCGAGUCAGUCUCCUCAAAGGGCAAAUUUGCUGCAGCAGCAGCUCCGCAUUCCUGUACGAAUUGUUGCUUCCGAUUAUGAAGACAAAGCCAAGCAGGAGCAGCAGCAGCAGCAGCAGCAGCAAGAGGAGCAAGAGGGACAAGAACAGGCCGAGUUGCUGCUGCAGCAGUUGCUGAUACCGUAUGAAUGCAGCAGCAGCAGCAAGCAAAUUCAUACGCAGUCCUGCCCGCAGCAGCAGCAGCAGCAGCAGCAGCAGCAGCAGCAGCAGCAGCAGCAGCAGCAGCAGCAAGGAUGCAGCAGAAUAAAACUCUUGGCCCUGCGAAAUGCCCACGGCAAGGCAGCAGACGUUGCUGCAAGGCUCUGGGGAAGCAGCAGCAGCAGCAGCAGCAGCAGCAGCAGCAGCGCGUGCCGCAGCAGCAGCGUGAUAGUGUCUGCUGACACGGUGGUUGAUUUAGACGGCCUCUUGCUUGAGAAGCCCUCAGAUGCUGCAGCAGCAAAACAAAUGCUGCAGCUGCUGCAGGGAAGAACCCACUGGGUGCACACAGCCGUCUGUAUAUACACCCGAACACAGUACAACCAGCAGCAGCAGCAGCAGAAACAGCAGCAGCAGCAGCACCAGCACCAGCACCAGCACCACCAGCAGCACCAGCAGCAGCACCAGCAGCAGCAGCAAAAGGGCCUGGGCGCUGCUAGUGCAUUUGUGCGGUCUAGCGCUGUAACAUUUCGGCGUUUGUCUGAGUUUGAAGUUGAACAGUAUUUAAAGACAAACGAGUACCUAGGGAAAGCAGGGGGCUACGGCCUGCAGACUUUAGGCGUUUGUUUGCUGCAGUCUCUCUGCGGCUGCAGCAGCAACGUAAUUGGUCUGCCUCUCUCUGAUGUUGCUGCUGCUUUUGCUGCUUUAUCAGCAGCAAACAAACUCUAA